GACCCUAGAGUGAAUCUGCCCGCACGUGCCCUGUGCUGCAGUCCCUGCACCAGUGUGCCCACAGUCCACUACCCCCGUCAACCCCCGAGAUGUAGAAAUAGAUCCAACCCGGCCUUGCUCCGUCCCGGGAGCUCACAGUGAUAGUGUAUGUGGGCACGGGUCAGGGACUCCGUCCGACACUUUCCAACAUGUAAUCUCCACCAAACAGGCAGGAUGGACAGCAGAAGAACUCGGGGCUCAGAGAAGUUAAGUAGCACGGCUGAGGCCGCACAGCACACAGCAGACAAGGACAAGGGGAAGGAGAAACUGGAGGAGGACGAGGCGGCGGCAGCCAGCACCAUGGCCGUCUCGGCCUCCCUCAUGCCGCCCAUCUGGGACAAGACCAUCCCGUAUGACGGCGAGUCCUUCCACCUGGAGUACAUGGACCUGGACGAGUUCCUGCUGGAGAACGGCAUCCCUGCCAGCCCCACGCACCUGGCCCAGAACCUGCUGCUGCCCGUGGCUGAGCUGGAGGGGAAGGAGUCUGCCAGUUCCUCCACGGCAUCCCCGCCGUCCUCCUCCACCGCCCUCUUCCAGCCCUCGGAAACCGUGUCCAGCACAGAAUCUUCCCUGGAAAAGGAGAGGGAGACUCCCAGUCCCAUUGACCCCAACUGUGUGGAGGUGGACGUGAAUUUCAACCCUGACCCGGCCGACCUGGUCCUGUCGAGUGUGCCCGGCGGGGAACUCUUCAAUCCACGGAAGCACAAGUUUGCUGAGGAGGACCUGAAGCCCCAGCCCAUGAUCAAAAAGGCUAAGAAGGUCUUUGUGCCUGAUGAACAGAAGGAUGAGAAGUACUGGACGAGGCGCAAGAAAAACAACGUGGCAGCCAAACGGUCCCGGGAUGCCCGACGCCUGAAGGAAAACCAGAUCACCAUCCGGGCGGCCUUCCUGGAGAAGGAGAACACAGCCUUGCGCACGGAGGUGGCCGAGCUGCGCAAGGAGGUGGGCAAGUGCAAGACCAUCGUGUCCAAGUAUGAGACCAAGUACGGGCCCUUGUAACCCGUGCCCCCGCUGGGCAGGCACCGCCCCACCUCAGACCUCUGCCCGGGGGCUCCCUGACCCCCGCACACGUGUGGAGACUUAGACUCGUGGGCGCGUGACAAUGCACCGCUCCUGGGGUGUUCACGUCUCUGCUUCACCAUGUUGCAGCCCGCUCUGGGGGCCCUUCCCGGGGCACCGGCCUCCGCGUUGGCACCAGCCACAGAAACAACCUCAGUUCCCAUCCCUGCUGUCCAGUCGGCUGGGGUGGGGUCCUCUGGUGAGCCACUCUCCUUUCCGAGGGCUAUUUGUGCAGAGGCGCUGCGAUCGGCCGUGUCGCCCUCACGUCUUCUCAGGGAGCAGGCGUGUGUCCACCGAGAGCAGCGACCAUUGCCUCUCCCUCUGCAUGGCAGCAUGUGGCUGGCAGCCACAGGAGCAGUCCUUGCAAAGCCAAGGGUGGGGCCAGGUGGCCUGAGCUCCCACCCUGCUGGAGGUCCCAUUAUGGCCUUGCUCUGUGGGUACCCUGUGUGGCCUGUGCAGAGGGAGGGAGAGUAGCCUGUUGGUCCCCUCUACUGCAGGCCGCCCGCAGAGGCCACCUUGGUCUCUUUCAUGUCCCACUGGACCGGGCCUCUGGGCCUGUUUCACUCUGCCCGGUGACCCCUGUAAGAAAGCCCCUCCCCAUAGAAGGUGUUCAUUUCCUGCACUGGGAGACAGCCCUGCAAGGCAGUGAGCACCUGACUUCAGCCCUCUACAGGGCUGCCACUGUGGGCCGGCUGACCCUGCCCCACCAGCAGACCCCAAGGCAGCAGGGGGCUCCCGUGCCCUGUGGGGUACCCGGAGGGCCACAGCAGGGCGGGAUCCUAUGUGGGGAUCACUGUGGUCACAGGACCUGCUCUUGGGGACAACAAGCUCUUGGGACAUUGACACA